AUGGAGUCCUACUUGCCCCUUGGGGGCUUCCAGCUGCCCUUCCAGCGGCGGCUGAGCAGGCUCUACAAUGACACAAAGAAGUCUUCCGACUUCGUCAAGGAACCGGUGCAGAAUGCAGAGGAUCCAGAAAUCAAGAUGCUUCACCGCAAGCUGCGCAUUCAAAAGGAUCGCCUUGUGAGUUGGGGCUUGGAAUGGUCCGACCCAAAUCAGUCAGCCGAGAUCGACGAGUCACUAUCAAAGGCUGGCCUCAGCGAGGUUGUCGGGAGCAUCAUGUCGACCAUCAAGGAUAUCCUGGCCGAAGCCGAGCCCUUGUGGCAGAGCUCCAAGCGUUUGGUUGGCGGCGAGAAGCAGCCUGAGAAGUCCGUGGGAGACAAGAAGAUUCCUCUAGUUGUCUGGGAUAAAGGCCGCUUUGAAGAUUUGGUGCGCGAUCUCACAACGUCAAUCGACACUCUUUAUGAUCUGUCGAGAACAAGGUCAUCAGCGGCGUUGUCGUCUCAGGCCCGCGCCAGACUCUUCAAAUCAGGGGGCUCUACGGAAGAUCUCCGAGCAUUCGAGUCAACACGAAUGCAGACACCGCAGCAGAUUGAUCCACAGUCCCUCACGAGCCUGCGUCAAAUGCAAGCUGUUCCAAUGUCGGAGACAGCAGACACGGGCUCGCGAGAAAUCGUCUUUAUGAGCAAGCAAGCCUUCUCUGAGCUCACACACCAUGCCGGACGACAACCAUACUCACCCUUGCUCCUUGAGUACGCCGAGUUUGAUCCAAUGUACUCCGCAACAGGAAUCAUGCCAUCGAUGUCGCGCUUCGAAAAACUUUCGUCGGGUCUUCAGACGGAGCCUCAGCGCUCUCCGGGUUCUUGGACUGGACUUCCGCGCCUGCUGGGCUACUUCGAAGACAUGGAGCAUUCACGACUUGGUCUAGUCUACCAGUUUCCGCCAACUUUCAAUCCUGUUUCUUUUGAGCACCUCACACAGAAUCCCCUUUACAAUCUUUGUUCGCUGUCCGACCUUCUUGCUCGGCCUGAUUUCGAGCCUACACUAGAGGCAAAGUUUCGCCUGGCUUUCAACCUCGCCAAUACCGUUUUUGAUAUGCACGCUCGUGGCGUUUCGCAUGGCAAUCUAUUCGAUGCGAAUGUGUCUUUUUGCAACGCUGUUGGGACUGAACCCGGAAUGGGUAAUGGGGAGGUUGAUAUUCGCCGACCGUUAAUCUCUUCGUUCGAUCUCUUCCCAGAUUCAUUCCAAGAAACAGGAGGCGCAACCUUCUCGUUGUACCGGCAUCCACUCGACCCAAAGGUCACCGCUCAGGCCUCGGCCCUAAUCACCAACCCCGACUCCAAAACAUACGAUCUGUACUCGCUGGCGAUGUUGCUAUUGUCAAUUGGAUUGUGGACUAAUCUUGACAACCUCGUUCCUACCUCGUCCCCCACCUCUAUUCCCGAAUCUGUCUUGGAGCAACUCGCUAUUCGCUGCGGCACAUUGUACAUGAAGGCGGUUCAAGCCUGUUGGAAUGCCGUGGAUCAAGAACUGUCUGGCCAGCUUAGCGGCGAACAGGUUCUGGCCCGCGUGCAAGUCAAGGCGAGCCGAUACUUGGAGGCCUGCUGUAUUCUUGAUAGCGUCGGUGGGCUGGAAGAGAGGUUGAGCGACGACCUCGGUGAUGAUACUACCCCAGCGAAGCGAACACAAUCUACCGCAUCGGCGGUGGCUGGCUCGUCGAAAGAGAAAAAAGAACAGACUGAAAACACACAGACUGAAGUCGCAUCCACUCCAGCCACUUUGCCGGCCCCAUCUCUUAUGUCCGCGGACGUGGAAAAGAGAAAUAUAGUUGAAAGCCCUACGCCGGUGUUUCGUACAGAAGACUCUCCUGUCGAGAUGCAACCGAAGCAGCCUUCCUCGAAGCUUCGCCUCUACCCUCACAUUCCCCUCCCUCCCGAUGCGGUCGAGCAGUGGAACAUGGUGGUGAUGCCACAGAUUAACCAGGCCUUACGACACUUCUACCGAAAACACCCCGAGUCUGUCGAGAUAUCACUUGAGUCGAUUGGCGAGUCACCUAAGGAAACCCAACCAACAGUUCUCGUUGUGUGCACGUCCGUCAGCAAAGUACGAGCUAUCUUGAAGCGGAAGCUAGGCCUCCUAUUUGACGGAACCACAGGCUUUGCCCUGAAGGUAUGUCGGGGCCAAGUGUUGCGGUCUAGGAACAGGGGCCCAGCGAGGAGCAUGGCAAAGCCAGACGAGGAUGGCGAUACUGGCGCUGCGAAUGGUGAUUUUCAGGAGCGUCCGCAUAAUGGUGCUAGUAUUGGAGCGUGGAUUGGUGACAGACACCUGCCACCCGUGAGCUUCGGCGGCUUGGUCUUGGUCGAUGACAAACCAUACGGCAUGACCGUGCACCAUAUGCUUGACGAUCCGGAUCAACCACAAUCAGCCACAACUCCAGGUGCCGACUCCCAGAUUCUACGAAGUGGUGCAAGAAGCAACCCGGUGCCGGAUCUGGCUGCUUGGUACGCAGAGCAGUACGCAGACCAGGACUCGUCAGGUGACAGUAGUGGCACCGAAGACUUUGCGUGCGAGUUCUCCGACUCUGACUCUGAUGCUUUCUCCGAGUCUGCUAUUACCAGUGAGGAUGAGUCCCAGGACUCAGACGCCGAGUCAGAUUCUGGCGUUCACAAAUAUGAUGAAGCGGGUGACAUCCCAGGCGUUGAGCCUGGUUGCGGUGAUGGCUAUAUCAUUACACAACCGGCACUAGAUGACGUGACUGAGGGUUUCUAUCCCUCGCCAGAGACUCAAGACGAAGACCAUCUGGACACGUUCAGUCUGGGUGAGAUGUAUGCUUCCAGUGGGAUUCGUCGCCGCUCGGAUGAUAGCGGCUUGAUCCAUGAGGUCGACUGGGCCUUAUUCGAAUUCAAGACGGACCGGCUCCCUGAUCGGAAUAGCAUUCCUCAGGUGAUGACGGGCCGUCGGCAGAGAGACAGGAAUACUCAUGGACGUGUCUCAUCCGCGAUACACCCGACUGCCGUUGCGCCGACCUCCUCACUGCCGGGACUUGAGGUGCAGUGUAUGGCGCGAACCAGUGGCUUGCAGACGGGCCUGAUCUUGCCGACCAUCACCUCAGUCAAGAUAUACGGCCGGAUGACACCCAGCCAUACGUACCAAGUCACUGGCCGACCCAACGCAAAGGGUUCUGCGUCAACUGAGGAGCGCAGGGAGAAAAUGGAUGUGAGGUCUGCUCCACUCCCAAUGGGCAUUCCUGGUGACAGCGGUGCCUGGGUGGUUGACUGUCAACACGAACAGGUCUGUGGUCACGUUCUCGCGUGGAGUGAGCGGAAGAGAGUGGCGUACAUAUGUCCCAUGGAGGUGCUUCUACUUGACAUUGCCGAGACUUUGGAGGCUAGUGAGGUCAGAUUGCCUGGAGGCGAGGCAGUUGUGAGUAGUUUGGAUCAGGACGAGGGGCAUCACAGCCUGAGCCAUGGAGACACGGAGAGACAAGGUGCAACUGCCACUGGCUAUCAGGGAUCCUACUCUGAUUUGGACACUGCAGAGAGUACCGGCCGACGGCAUGGAUUGACCGAUGAGGGGUUUCACGAAGAUGAUGACUUGGAGAUCCACCCCCACGCCAGAAGAACACGAUCUAAAAAGAUACCUUCGAAAGCGGCCAUUCCCGGCAAGGGGCUGCUUGACGUAUCAGAUAACAUUGACGCUCUAAGUGAGGAAUUGGACAGCAUGCAUGUGCGAAGGAGCGAUGUGGGUGUCAAGGCAUCUUGCUGA